AUGGGGCUCAGGGUCCUCGGGCUGUUGCUGUCCAUUCUACUGGGUUUGGCCAGCAGCCACCCCAUUCCUGGGAAGAAGAGCUUCAACAAAUUGCUUCUGAUCUCGUUUGAUGGCUUCCGCUGGGACUACGACCAGGAUGUGGACACCCCCAACAUGGACCGCCUGGCCCGGGAGGGCGUGAAAGCCAAGUACCUCACCCCACCCUUCGUGACAAUGACCUCCCCGUCCCACUUCACCACAAUCUCAGGUCGCUGGAUUGAAGAUCACGGAGUCAUUCACAACAUGAUGUUCAACACUGAGACGGGCUGGAAGUACUCCUUCAAGACCACACAGAACAAGACUGAGUGGUGGGACAAUGGCGUUCUCCCUCUCUGGAUCACAGCCCAGAGACAGGGGAGGAAGACGGCAUCAUUCCACUAUCCUGGGGGAGGUGCUAAGUACAAAGGAGAAGCCAUCCAGAGGUCCCUGGUGGAGUCUUACUCUCACCCGAACAGCAAUGAGACAGAGUGGAGGGAGAACAUUGAUAUUGUAAUGAACUGGUUCACUAAGGAAGACUUUGACUUUGUGACUCUGUACUACGGAGAGCCAGAUAAUGUGGGGCACCGGUAUGGGCCUGAGACGGAAAACCGAAGGGUAAUUAUUCAGCAAAUCGACAGAACCAUUGGGUACCUACUGGAAGCCAUUGAGAGGCACAGCUUGACUGAGCACCUCAAUGUCAUCAUCACAUCAGACCACGGCAUGACCACAGUGAAAAAGAAGCCCAAUGUCACUGAGAUCCUCUUGACCAACUACAUCAGGUACAAGGACUUGGUUAAGUUUGAUAUUGUGGACUAUGGAGGCUUUGGGAUGAUCCUGCCCAUACCAGGGAAAGAGGAAGCCCUUUACCAAGCACUGAAGAAUGCACACCCUCAUCUCAAUGUCUAUAAGAAGGAAGAAUUUCCAGAACGCUUCCAUUUUGCUAAGCAUGAGCGGGUCCUGCCAAUUGUAAUGUUUGCCGACUCUGGUUAUAACAUUAAUGGGCGACUUAUAAUAUAUUUCAACAAAGGAGAUCAUGGUUUUGAUAAUGUCCACAUGGACAUGAAGACCAUAUUCAGAGCUUUCGGGCCAGAUUUCAAGAAGAAUCACCUGGCUGAGCCUUUUGACAGCAUACAUAUCUACCCACUCAUGUGUAAGCUCCUGGGGGUUACCCCUGAACCCCACAAUGGCUCCCUGGCAGUCACCCAGGAAAUGCUUGUGGCCUCUCAUGACCAGCAGCCAGGAGGAGAGAUGCAGAAGACCUCUGCUCUCCGAAACACCGCAAUAGGUCUUGGGGUUGUCACAGGAGUUCUUGCAGUUCUGUUUGUCACGAGCGUGAUAUACACAGCAGUUCGUCGGAAAAAGAAGCAGAGAGCUGAUCAAAACAACAAAAAUGAACCAACACACCUGGCCCAGCUCCCGAAGACAUCCUUUUAG